CAGAAGCGUGGGGUUGCUGGGAAUCAUAGUUUAACUUUCCCAACUCUCCAGUUUUUUAACAACACUGCUGAAGAAUGUUGAAACUCAGCAUCCCAUAGAACACUGCUAUCAUAUCCUCCUCCCACGUGACUUAAUGUGUUUAUAGAUGCAACAUUUUAGCUUUCACUAAUUUGUCAGCAAGCUAUCUCUCUCUCAUACGAUAAAAAAGCUAUUUGUAAGACAUUUAAGGGAGCACAAAAACGUGUUAAGUGGAAAUGUUGCUGGAAUAGCUACUGUCGUGCCUCUUGUUCAUGCGUUGAGAAGUGACAACGUAAGCUAGUUCCCCGGCUAAAAACAGGCGAGCUAGCUUGUUGUUUUUGAAUGGACCCGCCUGUGAGACCGCUAACGUUAUCUAGCUAGCCAAAAUAAGCAUAUUGAAGCCUAAUGAUUGGAAUUUCGGGGGAUUUUUGCUAAAGGAAUUGCAAGGCACUUCAUCUUCUUACAGUGAUGGAGGAAGUUGAUAAGAUUUUAAUUCACUCCCUUAGACAGACCGGCACGGACGUGGGGGAGGAUGUUCAGAGUGUGAAGCGCUUCUCCAGUGAGCUCAUAGUGGAGGCGGUAGUGAAAUGUCUGCGAGUGAUCGACCCGGCCCUGGGGAGCAGCCUGUCCCACUCCUUACCCCCCGGCAUGUCUGCCCGCUUUCGAGUGGGCAUGAGCCUGGCACAGGCCUGUCAGGACCUUGGCUACAAGGGAGAGAUUGGUUACCAGACCUUUCUUUACAGCAAUGAGCCAGAGAUCCGCUCCCUGCUCAUGUUCCUGGUGGAGAAGCUGCCCAGAGAAAGUGCUGAGGCCUUGGACCAACCAGCAGGUAAAUCGGUCCUCCUCCAAAAAUUGAUAGCUGCCCAGAUCAAAGCUCAGCUGGCCUUGCCUUGGCUCCCUCCAUCUUGCAGACUACCCCUUCUAUGUAAAACACAGAACCCAGGACCGUCCCACAGUUUCCACUCUCAGCCCCUUAGUUUACUGCACUGCCUCAAAGUGCCUGGGAAAAAGCAAUUGAAAGAGGAAAAGGACUACCACAGGGAAUUUCUUCCACCUGUGACUGCACAGCCGUCGCAGCAUGCCUCAGUGCCGGCCUCCCUGCUGGAGCUGCAUGCAGGGGAGCUUAGUGCCGCCCAGGAGUGGGACAAUGAGUGGAACAGCCAAGGCCUCCUUUCCCGCCUCACCCCUGAGGAAUAUCGCUCCAGGAAGCGUGCCCGUCUGCAGAAGCGGAUCGAAGAGCAGCUGCGCAUUGCGGCCCAGUCUCACUUGGACACCCUCGGUGCCCACAGGUCGGGCUCUGCUCUCACAGAGCUACUUCAGUCCUUUGGGGGCUCCUCCUUUGGUGACAUCCUCGCCAAGGGCACCCGCUUCACUCACACUGAGAAAUUCACUUUCACACAGGAGCCUGCGAAAGCCUCCCAGCAGAUGGCAGCAGCGGCCAGCUCCCUUCCCAGCUCGCAUCAGUCGGAGGAGGAACUGCAGGCCCGACAGCAGGAGGAGCUGGUCUACCUACAGCGGCAGCUACAGCAGCUCUCCCUCAGCCUUGAGGAGGUGGGCGGAGACAUGAGGCAGCUCACCGUAUCCAUACUUCAGGUGUCGGAUGAGCUGAAGCAGAAAGAGCUGAGCAAGGCGGAGAAGGAGGACUCUGUGCGGAUGAAGAAGCAGACCAUUGACCUGAUGCCGGACGCAGAGAACAACCUGGCCAAGCUGCAGGCCCUGGUGGAGGGAAGUGCCAAGCGAGUGGUUAACCUUGCUGCGCAGUGGGAGAAACGCAGAGCUCCGCUCAUCGAUGAGCACCGCAGGCUCAAGGAGCUCUGCAGCAACCAAGAGAUUGAGUCCUCCAGAAAGCUAUCUGAAAUCAAAGAGCUUCACCACAGAAUCCAUCAGUCUGCGGAGGAGUCCAAGAAGAAGGAGGCACUGUAUAAACAACUGAUAACAGAGUUUGAGAAUCUCCCCAAAGAUGUCUCCCGCUCAGCAUACACUGCAAGGAUCCUGGAGAUCGUUGGCAAUAUCAGGAAACAGAAGGAAGAAAUUACAAAGAUUCUGUCUGACACUAAGGAGCUGCAGAAAGAGAUUAACAAUCUGACUGGAAAACUGGACCGAACGUUCGCUGUGACUGAUGAGCUGGUCUUCAAGGAUGCGAAGAAAGACGAAUCUGUCCGCAAAUCCUACAAGUACCUGGCAGCCUUGCAUGAGAACUGCACUCAGUUGAUCCAAACUAUUGAGGACACAGGCACAAUCAUGCGAGAGAUCAGAGACCUGGAGGAGCAGAUUGAAACUGAAAAUGGUAAAAAGACUGUAAGCAACCUGGAGAAGAUCCUCGAGGACUACAAAGCCAUUCGCCAGGAGAACUCUGCUCUGGCUGCCAAGAUCAGAGAGGCCUGACGUGACCCUCCCCAUGCUGCACCGUAGUGGCCACCUGAUGUGUGCUGGUCAAACUGACUGGUAGCAUGCCCUUGAGACUGCCUGUCCUGUGUGUGUGUGUGUUGAACCAAGAAAGUACACUCCAUCUGGUCUCAAGAUUUUCAACGCUGUCCUUUGUCCACUGUCUUGUUGCAUUGCCGUCUGGGAGCACUGACGGCAUAUGGGGAAGGGGAGAUAGAUUUUUGUACCAUUUUUAAUGCACAAACUUUGCUUACCCAAAAACCAUGCUGGAUAAAGAAGUGUGAUGUGUAACAACACGGUGAUAAAUUAUACUGGCCUUGCAUCCCUGAUUCCACCCAAUCAAAAAAUAAGUUAGGAAAAUGAUGCUGAUGUUUUCUAUUAUAAAUUUGUAGUAGUUCUUCAUAAUUGCAGUAGUUCUGAUAAAUCAAUUAAGUGAAUGUCUUAAUGAUCUACUUUGAAAUUCACUGCAAUUCAGGUGAAUUUCUUCAUGUUGGCUCUCAAUUCCCCAGAACAAUGCAGUGGUUAGGUACGGCCUAAGACCCCAUUCAUGCCAUAUUUUGUCUUAACUGGAGUCGAUUUGGAGAUUACUAGGUUUGUCCAUUCUAGUUCAUUCUCAUGCCUUGAAAUCAUAUGCUGCUUUUGUCUGUCUCAUUGGCUCAGUGUUAUUUGGAUUAGGGAGCCUUGGUGCAAAGUAAAUGGCCUCACCUUUUGAGCACUGAUCUCCUGAAAUGGUCUAGAUUAGGUAACAAACCACAUUGAUUGAUGUAAUGAAUCAUGUGAAACUUGUAUAAAAACAAUACAAAAUGUUUGUCAUAGCAGAAAAUGAACAUGUUAAUGAAGUGCUGUUGCUUUCAUGUUUAUUUUAUUUGAAAUGCUGACGUAUGCUGUCUUUUUUUUUUUUGCUUGAUCCUGGAGGGAUGCCUGUUGAACUGGCUCUCAAGCCCUGUUUAUACCUGGUGCCAACAUGCCCCCUUUGUCCUAAUCUUGUCAACAUUCUUGACUGCCCACAUUUUUAGACUGGUGUAGACUAUUAAAGACUCAUGAUCUCA